AUGGCACUUGAUGAUCAAGUGCUCGUGGCACUGAUGAGGUUGCGCCUGGGACUGCUUCUCCAUGACCUCAGCUUUCGGUUUGAAGUAUCAACAGAUGCUGUCAGCAGGGUUUUCGGCUGCAUUGUGUCGGAGCUUGCCAGUUUCACAAGGAAAUAUCUGGGGUUUUGGUUGGCCAGAGACACAAUCAAAAGAACAUUGCCGGACGUCUUCGUCGACUACCAGUCUGUUACGUGUAUCAUUGACUGUUUUGAACUCUUUAUGGAGAGACCCACUAAUCUUAAUCGAAGGAGUACAACCUACAGUCAGUACAAAUCACAUAACACUGCAAAAGUCUUGCAUGUGAUUGCACAUAAUGGUUUUGUGAUGUCCAUCUCAAUACCAUACGGUGGUCGUCCCAGUGAUCGUUUCAUCACGUCAGACAGUGGCGUUGUAAAGCUCCUCGCACCAGGUGAUGAAAUUCUUGCAGACCGGGGGUUCACCAUAUCUGACAUAAUUCCUGUAGGUGUUAAACUCGCGCUGCGAAGCUUCUCAAAGGGCCGACCUCAAAUUGGUGUUCCAGAAGUGGUGGCUUCACGUCGCCUAGCUAGGCUGCGCAUUCACGUUGAGCGCUCAAUCAGACGUCUUAAAUGUUUCAGAAUAUUGAAACAUUUUCCCUCCAGCAUUUUUGCUAAAAAGCCACUGGCUAAGAUGUUCUUGUAGCCAUAGCUGGGUUGUGCAAACUUCAGCCCCUCUUGAUAAAGGAUGA